UGUGUGUGUGCAAUUUAAGGUGAUAGUGGGACAAACAACCACAAGGUAUAUAAGUCCCCCGUAAAGAGAUCCGUUGGUUAAGUUAACUGAAACUUCGCUCAGGCUUCGAGGGGUCUCGCUGCCUCUUCCCAAAAACUAACAACCAUGAACAGAAUCGUGAUUUUACUGGGGAUCGCCGGAUGGUGUCAGGGGUCAGGCUGGGAAAUCGGAGGUCACGGUGGGCUGAGUCUAGGGGAAAUUUCUGUGGGAGGUCACGGCCACGAAUUGCCAGCAAUUUCCCUCGACGAGUCAAGCCUUGGAGGUCACGGUGGCGGCUGGGAUCUCGGAGGACAUGGAGGCUGGGAUUCCGGCUUUAGCAUCGGAAGCGGGGGUCACGCGGGACACGGGCUUCACGUUAUCCCGGUGGUCAAGGAAAUUGGAGUUCCGGUGGUCAAACCGGUCGAGGUCAAGAUCCCUCAUCCGGUGAUACAAACCGUGCCGCAACCCUAUCCGGUAGCGGUUCACGUGUCCCAGCCGGUCCCGUACGAGGUGAUCAAAAACGUCGUGACGAAGGUCGAAAAGAAGGUGCCAACUCCCGUGGAGAAAAUUAUUCCUUACAAGGUGGAAAAGCCCGUGCCGUUCAAGGUCUACAAACACGUUCCGGUGCCAGUCAUCAAGCGAUUCCCGAUCAAAAUUCCCGUAUACAAAACCAUCGUUCACAGUAGCAAGGGACAUUGAGUGAAAAACAGUCAGUUUUGUGAAAGGAAAAUGCAACGCAGGUCAACAAGUUCAGCGUCAGAAUACGCUUCUCCUUACACAAUUAGCAAGUGCGACGUUUUACAAUUCACAUUUAACCGUUUCAGAUUUUUCCGUCACGCAUUGUUCUGUUACAUGGUGUAUUUAAAUAUUUAAACUAAUGAUAAUCGAAGCUAGUAUAUUUUCAUAGAUGUAUAAGUAUUAAUAGCUGUACAUUAUUUGUUUUGUUUGAAAUGAUAAACCGUAAAUACAAAAAAAAGUUUCCACGAGA